AUGUUUAUUCUUAAAAUUCACACGGUCGACUUCUCUCAGCCCCUCGACGCCUCCACCACCUCCGCCGCCAACGCUCAGAGUGACCUGAAGCCCUUCGAACUGAGGGGCGUCGCCCACCUCUUCCGCCAGCUUCCCUCCGCCACCCACGACGGCGUCCCCGCCGCCAGCGUAAGGGCUCUCACCACCGUCGUCUUCGUGGUGGCCGUCCCCAGUUAUAUGUCGGAGAAUGAAUUCCUCGUCUUCUGUGGGAACCACGUCCCUUACUUCCAAGAAAUCCUCUUUAUAAAGAAUGAGGGGAUCGAGGACAGGUACAGUGUUCUGAUCAGGUUAGAAAGCCAGUUGGCGGCUGACGGAUUCUAUUGUAGUUACAACGGCAAGAGAUUCAAGCCGCCUGAGGUGGAGAUUUGCCAUAUAUACUUCGCUCAUUCAGUUGAGUAUACCGACUCUGCCGAAAUUGCUAGUGUACCUCCCCCUGACUAUACUGAAUUACCCUCUUGUCCAGUUUGUCUCGAAAGGCUGGACCCAGAUGCCAGUGGAAUACAGAGCACACUGUGCGACCAUUCUUUUCAGUGUUCUUGUGUAUCAAAGUGGACGUACUUGUCCUGCUUGGUUUGCCGACUUUGUCAGCAUCAGGAUGAAAAGCCAACCUGUGCUAUUUGCGGAACGUCCAAGAACCCAUGGAUCUGUUUGAUCUGUGGUUUUGUUGGAUGUGGAAGAUAUGAAAAGGGUCACGCUCAUGCACAUUGGACAGACAAGAAACACCAUUUUUCUUUGGAGCUGGAAAAGCAACAAAUCUGGGAUUAUGUCAGAGAUAAAUAUGUCCAUCGACUGAAUCACUCAAAAGCUGGUGGGAAAUCGGCCAUUGUAAAUUCGCGGUGCAACUCGGUUGAAAAAUGUGGGACUUGUGGAUGUGAAGAAGGGUUGGAUGGCACUCUCUUUAGCAGCAAAAUCGAAGGGAUUCUGGAUGAAUACAACCGUCUUCUAGCAAGUCAGCUUGAUACACAAAGACAACAUUAUGAGUCUUUGCUUGCUGAGUCGAGAAGUAGAAAAGACGCAUCCAUAGCAAAGGCAGUCGAGAAGGCUAUAUUUUCAAGGACCCAUGAUCUUGAAUACAAACUGGAAAAGUGUGAGAAGGAGAAGAAGGCUGUUGGUGAUAGGAAUCAGGAGCUUAUGAAGAAGCAAGAAUUUCUUCAAAAUAAGUUCAAGGAAGUUGAAGAAAGGGAAAAAUCAUCUCUGAAGUCAAUGGAUGAAAACAUUUUAGAACUGCAGGAACAGGUAAGAGACCUGAAGUUUUAUGUUGAAGCACAAAGGAUGGUUACGAACACGGCGGACUUGGAUGGCAUCAAAGGAGGGACGGUUUUGCCUGUAGAAUCAAGUCAGUCCUCUUCUGGCAACUCCUCCAGAAGGCGGACCAAGCCUGGCCGGCGAAGGAAUUAA